AUGUCACUCUUUUCUUCGAUCCUGAACGAUGAGGCCCAUAGGCAUCCACUACUUAUCGUCCAGUCGUCUUUGGCGCAGAGCGGGUUGCCUGUCCUAAGGUCUAUACUGACCAAUAAUGUCGGCGCCAAAGGCAAACAGAUCGAUCGUGAAAACCUCUUGUUCUGUCUGCUCUAUCCGCCUUCUAGUCUCGUCGAUGAGAAAACGACGACCUCGCUGAAUGUCUAUGAUUGGACAGAUCGAGUCUCAGGUUACAAUGAAGCAGACUUACAGACCGAACUGCUGGCGAUUGUGACGAAAGCGGUAGAAAGCCACUCGGGACCGAUUAACAUCAUUGUCGACUCGGUCGAUACUCUGUUGGAAGACAUAGGAUCUGUUUCAGAGACGUACAGAUCUCUUUCCAAGCUUUAUGCGGUCGCGAAAGUUCAUUCUGACAUACGCAUUAUUCUACACUCCCAAUCACCCUCGCCUCUGCUGCCGUUGAUAACACAAACAACGUUUUCACCUUCUCUUUCACAUGCCAUUGUCCACCCACCGGCACUCAUCGCCCAUCUAACGACAGAGUUCUUGUUGCCUCCACCUCCCAUCUCGCCCUUGCCCAAGUUCUGGAGUGUGUUUAUUCCGGUCAGCGAAAGGGUGCAUGACACAGAACGUAUCGUUUUUGGACCGGCAGGACAGGGCAGUGGAAGCACGUUGGAGCUUGUCGUUGAGCUUAUUGUAAGAGAAGGCGCGGGUAGAAAGCGCGGCGUAGAACGCGUCUUGGAGGGAUGGUCGCUUGCUCUAGGGGGACCGUGCGCUCUAUCCGACUUGGAAAGCAUAAUGGACCUAACAAAAAAACAAAAAGAACACGCACAACCCACAGCACCGGAUCCUACGCAAAAUUUGCCAUUCAAUCUUAGCUUGACAUCUUCCCAGCAGGAAUCCCGAGCCAAGGUGCCUUUGCCGUACGCUCAUGAAGGAAAACCUAUGACAAGUAGUGCUCCAGCCGCGAUAUUCUACGAUCCAGACUCUGCAGAUGAUAUCGACGACGACGACCCAGACGAAGAUCUUGAUAUAUGA